CCCCAUCAAAGGUGAAGUAAAUUCACGUGGAGUUAGUGGGCCAAGUUUUCCUAGAAGCGUUUGUGCAGAAUUUAGAAGGUUUUUUCCCGUCAAAAUGCCGAAAUCAAAACGAAAUAGAGCAGGUAAGUUUAUCUGAAACUUAUUUACAGUUAAAAUUCUCAUGUUAGACCUUUGUAAUCCUUUUGCUUACUGAAUAGUUGUCGCUUAUUCACGAUCUACUUGAUGACUACUUCAGGCUACAUGUGAGCUUACUUGUGAUUCAGAAGCACAAGACUUUGGGGCUGUAAUCUUUCUAUAUAACGGCAAUUUUCCUUGUCUCUAUUUGCUAUUAGGUGAUUACGUACCCGUUUUUCUUUCUCUCAGAUUCUUUUUGGUUAUGACCAUGCACUAAUCCCAAUAAGAACAGUGUCCUGAGAUGAUGUUCCUAGGAAGUAAUUAUGAUGCUUGGUCCUUGGGAACAGUUUAUACCCAAUAUCUAGCACUUUACCCAGACAAACUUUGUGAAUACAUCAAGACUGUCAGCCAAGAUAUAAAUAAGAUAAGACAAGAUGCAAGUCUAAAGUGUAUAUUUUUUCUUUUGCAGUGUCUCUCACAAAGACCAAGAAAAAAGGAUUAGAGCUGAAAACAGGACUAGUAAAGGAGGUAAUAAACAUCAUCUGUUUGAAUGAUCCACAUCCUGGUUAUCCCAAUAAAAAUAGCAAUAAUUGCGGUCAACAAGAGGAACCCGCAAUCCUAAUCUACAGGUCGUUACUACGCAUGCGCCAGCAUUGGUUUGGACUUCCACUAAGAAUGAAUGGAAUGUACUGAAGGCAGUUUGAUCACGUGCAUUUGGACCUUCUACCCCUCAUAAUCUGAUCAUGUGUGUUUUGACCGUCUGUCAUGAGAAACCUGUAUGUUUAAUGAGAAACCUGUACACAAAGUGCACACAAAGAACAAAAGCGUUUGACCUUAGAUCGUUGUUGCCUGCACUCCGUAACCUUUGGUUAUUAUUAGUUGAAAAAGGGAUGAUGGGAAGAGGGAAGAGGUGUCAUCGUCCCCUUCAAACUUUGUUUUAUCCCUAUCCUCAGCCUCCCUACAACACAAUGAGGCCUGUGCAGAGGAACGAGAUACACCAGGGUUUAUUCUAGAAAUUGGCCAAUAAGGGUCAAAUGGGCUCCCUUCUGUAAUUUUAGGGGGUCCUUUUUUAAGAAAGGGGGUCCCCCAAAAGGUAUUUGAACUCGUUGGUACAGACUGUUCCAUGAGGAAAUGAGCGUUUAUUGACACUUUGCUGCCAUUUUGAAACAUUCUGGGCUAAUGAAAAAGCCAGGGCUGGAAUUACUGCAGAAUCUGGGAUGUUUGUCUGGUGAAAUAAUGAGUCAAACGAAGAAGAGAAAGGCAAUUGAGACAGUAAUCAAAUCAGUGUUGUUGUCAGUGAUGUUUUCAAAUACUUUAAUUCAAAAAAUAGUACUUAUACAUGGGUCUAUUUUUUUGCGCCCCAUUUGACACGGCAACGUAAAUUUUAUGCAGCAUUUUUUUCCAAAUUGCGGAAAUCCCACAAGGCUGUACUCUAGAAUAAACCCUGUACAUAGUAGUUCUUUCCUUCAGGGGUUACAUGAAUUUCUAUGUUGGAAAAAUUAAGAGAAAUAAUCUGUUUCUAGAUCCAAGAAUGUGUAGAUAACUAUGCCUAUAUCUAUGUAUUCUCUGUGGAGAACAUGAGGAACAGUAAAUUAAAAGAAGUCAGGAAUGAAUGGAAACACAGCAGGUAAGAGACUUCAUUACAAGGGAAAAGAUGAAAAAAAAAAAAAAAACGCUAUCUUUAAAAGGGUUUAAAUUAGAAGAAAUUAAUGUACAGUUUUGCCUUCCCACUUUCAGACCGAAACAGUCAAACUCCCAAAAAAUUUCAACCUUGUUUCCAGAGCUUUUUCCCUUUCCCCCUUUCCUUUCCUAUUAAGUAAAAAAGCCCUGGGAACAAGGUUGACUCCCCCUAAGACAAGACCAGAGGGACUGCUACUUUUAAGAGGUGUCAGGUUUAUAGAUAGUUUAAGGAAAACACGGAGGAACAGAAGGCACCAAACUGUAGGUGUCUGUUUUAGGAAGAUGAACAUCCUACAGAGAGUUGACUGCAUUCAUACAUUUCUGCCUAUGGUUAAAAUUAUUAUUGUGUGGGAUGAUGUUGGUUUUCAGUUAAUACUGUCAGGAAUAUUUAUUUUCACUCCUCGUGUAGGUUUUUCUUUGGUAAGAAUAAAGUCAUGAUUAUCGCACUUGGCAGAGAUAGAGAGGCUGAAUACAAAGAAAACUUACACAAGAUAGCUAAUGUGAGUAUAACCAGGGCUAUCAACAAGGGCUGGGGUGAGACAAAGGCUUACGACAUCAUAUGAUGUCAGUUGUUUUUUUGUUCUGCUUUCAUGCCUGGUUCUGGUCAUUUCUUUGUGUAAUGUGGAAUUAAGUGAUGUAUCUGACUAUGACAAAGAUACAGCAAAGUAAACGAAUAUUCUAAAGAUGACUGGGGAGUUGUCAACAACAAUCCUUCUCAUUUGCAUGCCAUCAUCUUUUAAAACAUUCUUUCUUGCAAAUCAUUCUACAUCAUACUUUUUAAUGCGGCCAUCCAAUAGGGCAGACAUUUUUGGAGGCAAAUUUGCAUGUUUUGAAGAAGAAGAAAAUGGUUUUGCAAUAUUUUUGACAAGUUUAAUUGCAGAUACAUAUGUUGCACCUACAUGUAUUUAAGAAAUUCAAUUAAAAUAAAAAAAAUUGUGUUGUACAUUGCAACAUGUUUUGCUUCUUUAGAAACUUAAAGGACAAUGUGGAUUGAUGUUUACAAAUCAAGCUAAGGAAGAUGUUAUCAAGUAAGGCCCUGUGAUUUGUUAUUUUCAUUUCAUUUUAAUCUGUGAGAAAAUAUUGAACUACAGCUGGUUAAUUAACAAGAGUUAAAACUGAUAAAACCUUGUUAUUUGCAUUAAUUAAAAUUUGUUAUGUUUCAUUAUCCCUGAAAAGCCCCAUAAGGGGAGAGGAUAAUUAAGUAUUUAUUAUUUUAUUUUUAUUAUUAUUAUUAUCAUUACUAUUAUUAUUAUCCCAUUUGGGGGGAGUAGCAGUGUUUCAUGCUGGAGAAACCAGGUUAAUGUGGAUCUUGUUGGCUUGUGUGAGCUUUUGUAUUACUGAUCAGCUUGGUGGUCACCCUUAACAGACCUCUAAUUUUUUGUUUUAGGUGGUUUAAAGAUUACAGUGAGUUGGAUUAUGCCAGAUCAGGCAAUGAAGCUACAAGUGAUGUAACAGUAGAUGCAGGUACUUUCUAUGGUUUUUGAUUUUUUUUUCAUCGUGGAAGCUGAAAAACUGAGUUGGGAGAAGUGUAUUUUGUGGAGAGCUUGAUAUGACCUAUCAGAUGCAUGGUGUUUUAAAGUGAAUUUGUUAAACAGCCAAGCAGUGGUUUGCUUAUUUUAAAAAAUAUGCAUGAUCUAUGUUGUAGAAUUAUCUGGCACCAAGAUCUUGCAGAUAAUUCACAUACCUCUAAUUUUAAAACACCUGGCAAACCCAGAAACAAUCAAUUUUGGAAGGAAGAGAAAUCUACAGGAGGGCUCGUAACUAAGUAGAGGGGGGGCUAUAGCAUUUGUUUUUUUUUUUAGGGGGGGGGACAUGAGUAUUUUUGGUUAGCUUUUAUGGGGCGCUAUCGAAAAUUUCUGUCAAUGUAACUGAAGGUAUAAGGGGUUGAGGGGCAUUAAAAGCAUUUCAAUAAAAACCAUCAUUGUAUUCCUCUCUCCUCCAUGGGGAUCUCUGUGUCACUAGAAGGCUGAGAAGAGGGAUGAAAGGGAGGGUGCAGGGGACAAUGAUGACAAACAGGGAGGUGCCUUUUGCUCUUCCCAUCAUCCCUAUGCACAUUCUUAUUAUUCAAAAAAAAAUUAUUUAAAAUUUAUUAAUGGAAAAGAAAUGCUGACCAGAGCCUCUGUAGAGGAGAUGGUCUGUGUUCUAAAGUUUAUAAUCCUGUCGGUAGUAAGGUUAGAUGGUGCUUAUGAGUUUGAUGAAUUUAAGUUUUUCAAUCCAAAUAAAUACAGCCUGUAAAAUUUGGUGGUUCUUUUUUGCUUAUUCAACAAUUGUCAUAUUUUGGUUAGAUUUUUAGGUGGGGGUACAGUAAUGUAUGCUAAUGAAGUUGAAACAAAGGAAAAAUAAAAAUUACCUGAGAUAAAAAAUUAACUACAACAUAAGCAUUAGUUUAUGGUGGGGAUGGCAUCUUGUGUUAUCAGGUUGUAGGUAGCUGUGGCAGUUGUGGUUGCAGUUAGUUGUGGUACAAGACUUUUAGACCUGUGGCCCAUUGACAAGGGUUAUACUUCAAGAACUACAACUGUAAUAUGAAAAUGGAAUGUGUAUUGUUUGUUUUGUUGCAAUGUCUAGGUCCUUUGGAUCAGUUUCAGCACUCAAUGGAGCCACAACUAAGACAACUGGGACUUGAUACAACUUUGAAGAAAGGUAACUUGAGUGUUCUUGUCAAAAUACUUAUUUCAUUGCCUUAAAGGUGGCAGCGUGGACCAUUACAGUUAUCUGUAAGCUAGAAGCAGUCAUUUAGUCGCGUACUUUCUAACUGUGAAAUUUUUAAUUUAGGGAAAAAUGCCUCUUAUACACUCAUGUGUAUUUCAGAUUUAACAACACUUUUUGUUUUACAGGAAUCAUAACACUACAAAUGGAUUUUCAAAUCUGCAAAGAAGGUGAUACAUUGACUCCAGAGCAGGCCAGACUUCUGGUAAGGAUAUUGAUUAAAAUGCAACUUUCCGUUAUAUCCUUAAUUGAUAUUCGGUCAAUUUGUUAUUUAAGCAAGUGAUAUAUUUUUACAAUCAGGAGUUUAAUUUUGUAGUUAUGGCAAGAUACAUGUAUAUGCAUUUUGAGUGUGAGAUUUAUAUUAAAUUGAAUAAUUUCUUCCUAACUUAUUUUGUGUGGGAGGUGUUUGAAAAGGGGUCUCUUCACCCUGUUGCCAUAGUGACAGCACAUAACUCUGAAUACAUAAUUUAUUCUUAUUUAUACAACAAACAGAAUGGAAUGGAUAAGCAAGCUAUAUAAAACAGUUGCCAGGGUCUUUUUUACCCCUGCUUCCAAAUGCUCACAUGUAUUUGCAGUUCAUUCUGGGCCUUACUCAUUCCUUAGGUCUUAGUAAUUUACCAUUUAGCCUUUCUCCCAGCCUCCCCAGCCUGGGGUCAUGGAAGUAGGUACAGUAAAAAGAAAAAACAGUCACAUACAAAUGGUUGAAGAACCCCCUCCCCUUAGCUGGGUGAAGAGAAGCGACGACCAAAAAUACGUGACCUGCAUUUGCAGGCUUCCCUCUCCUUGGGAGAGGAAUUUUAGGGGAGGCAUUAAAAGAUCUUACAAAUUAAUAACAACAUUUAGAAACUUGAAUUAAUUCGCUUUUAAUUCUUAGUUUAUAGUAUUAUAAUAGCUACAGACCUAUACAUUAACCUGUUGAUUACUUUGCUUAAUAAUAUAUAUGCUAUUACACUGGCUUGAGUUCAAUUUUUUUGUCAAUUACAUGAAACAAGAGUCUCUGAAAACACUUUAUAAAACUAUCUUUAUGUAUCAUUUCUUUGUUAUAAGCUGUAGUUUACCUCUAAGUUAUGUAUCUAUACUACCAAUGAAAAACACGAAUCUCUUAACCAAAUGGUUUGUGUGGACACACGUGCCAAAAAAAAACAGCAUGUUGCGUGCAUUUUUUUUGUUUAAGCAAUAAUUUAAAUUUGAAACUUGCACAUCUCCCAUGCAACUGAACGCACAUGCACAAGUUUUGCGGCAUUCAGCCUUUCUCUUAAUAUUAGAAGAUCGUUUAUUUUUAACCACUUCAGUCUGAUAGCUGAUUAUAUAAUGGCUGAAACGUGUUGUUACCACCUCAUGUGUUCUAUUUUUCAUUCAAACAGAAACUCUUUGGAAACCCAAUGGCCGAAUUCCACAUUUCUCUUUUGUGCAUGUGGUCCAAUGAUGGAACAUUUGAAGAACUUAAUUAACUAUUCUAAUUUUAAUUUUCUGCAUACAAAAGCCAUUUAUUAUAUAAACAACUUUGUACAAUAUUCAUACAAAUAAAGGACGGAAGAAAAUUCGCCUUUUUUCCAGAACUAAACACACUGCCUUUUUUGCUCUUUGCUGUCUGUGACUGGUAUCAGUCUGUGGAAGGACAAAACUAAUUCCGUAUGUUGGUGUUUUAAAACGUAAAAAACGCUUCUGUUCUAAAGAACAGUUUAUUGUGUGGGCCUUGGUAUUUUUAACCAACUUUUGAUUUUUAAUGUAAAACCGGAAGUGCGUUAAUUGUAUACCAAGAAUACCAUUUAAAUUUAUACUAUAAACCUUUCACGAUUCGUAAUAAAUAUGACUCAAUGAAAUCUUACAUGUGUAGACUACAUGUAGGUUCUUUUAUCACUCAAUACUCUCUAUUACCUUUAUGCAAUGUACGUUGUAAUAAAAACGUUUUGUUUGGUAACUUAAACCAAGGAAACAGAAACGUUAAACCUCUAUAUGUGGAACCGAGAGUGCUUCACAGAUGUGAUUUUCAGUUAUUUUUUGCAGGCGACAAGAGGAGCCCGCAAUCCUAAUCUCCAGGUUGUUAUUACGCAUGCGUCGCAUCUGUGUAGCCAACAGUCGUUUGGACUUCCACUAAGAAUGAAUGGAAUGCAUAGAACGCAAUUUGAUCACGCGCGUUUGGACCUUCCCUCACUCGUAAUUUGAUCACGCGUGUUUUGACCAUCCGUAACGUGAAACUACGCAAAGCACAUCGUUGGAGCAAAAGCGUUUUGACCUUCCAUCGUUGUCGGCCGCACUCCGUAACCUUUGGUUAUUACUAGUUUUAGCCAUAAUUAAUAGUCUCGUAUUGGAGGAGUGUCUGGGAUUUCUUUAUGAAAUAUAGUAUGUAGUCGUACAACCUUACCAGGUCAAUGAUUAUACCUUUCACCGAAUUGUUUUCUUGUUUAAACCAUUUGGUUCAUUCAUGGAUUAGCAUUUUUAAAUAUUUAAAGAGAUAAUCUAUGUUCGUUACGUCUUAUUCUAGGUUGUAUGAUAAUUAUUUCAAGGUAUUUUAAAGAGGCUAGACUACGAGUAGUCCCCCAUUUUUCCUCAGCGAUAGUAGAGCGAGCGAAACGCGAGCGUGCGUGAAAAUCACCACACGCGAGAAAAGCGAGACGCAGCGGUGAGGCAUUCGCGGCCGCUUUUUCUCGUUGGCUAACCCAAGUAGAUGUCAAAACGCUUUGAACCGGGCUUUCCUUCAGUAUCAGAGAACAUUGAUUGU